AUGGUGUCCUCAAACAGUGAGGUUACAUCGCUCAGUUCCGCCAACACUUGGACAAGCGAUGUUUCCAGAAGAAGCAAAGACAAUGAUGUGGAAGCUGGUAUUCCUCCAAAUAGCGCUUCGAAGAAGUCGGAGACUCGCCGGUCGAGAGAUGUUUUAAGUCCUGGUGACAAAAAUGCUAAAGACCUUGAUCGUCUAUUGGUAGACCAAUUUGAACUAGAAGAUGCCUAUAGAAUAAAGACCAACAGAAUUCCCGAGAAUCUGUCGUCUCAAUCGCUGCAAGGCAAUGAAACACUGAGUCUACCAGAUGCUGGUGCUUCACAAUCUGUGGUCUCAAAAGUUUUCACAAAUCGCUCAACUGGAGGGCUCAGUCUUCCGCCCGAUGGGGGUUAUGGCUGGGUUUGCUGUGGGUGUCUGACAGCGGUGUUUUUAUGCACCUGGGGAGCCAGUGCUGGAUCUGGCAUUUUUCUUGCAUACUAUUUGAGCACAAAUGCUUUUCCUGGAGCUACCAAAUAUGAUUAUGCGUUCAUAGCUGGGUUCAGCGUAUUUGGCGGCCAGUGUUUUGCACCAACAGCAAUGAUAUUAGCAAGAGUCGUCGGUUUCAAACCAACUAUGUCGCUAGGUGUGAUAUUUCUUUUCGCAGGGUUUUUUUUGGCCUCAUUUGCCACUAAACUUUGGCAACUGUAUCUAACGCAGGGUGUCCUAUUUGGUUUGGGAAUCGCGUUUGUCUUUGUUCCUGCGACUACAAUUCUACCAGGCUGGUUCCUGAAGAAACGGUCCACGGCCUUUGGAUUAUCUUUACUUGGUACUGGCGCUGGCGGUGUCAUCUACUCAAUUGCGGCGCAAGAAAUGAUAACAAGGACUGGCGAUCAGCGGUGGGCGCUUCGAAUGUUGGCCAUUGUGUGUGCUAGUGUUUGCGCCGUGGCCACUUUACUUCUACGUCAACGGGUGCCUACCACGCCCGUGGGAUUCAAGUCAUGGAAGGCUAUCAAGGAACAGAUUGAUUUAAUCUUUCAGUGGAGAGUUGCGAAAGCUUACAAAAUCAACUUGAUCUCUUUGUGGAGCACUUUUGCAUUAUUUGGUUACAAUUUGAUGAUCUUCACGUUGUCGCCGUAUGGUUUAGCCCGUGGACUCUCUUCAAAACAAAGUUCUCUUCUCACUGUCAUUUUGAAUGCUGCUCAGUGUUUAGGUAGACCGUCCAUUGGAGUAAUCGGUGAUCGGUACGGUCGUGUUAACAUUACUGUUGUACUUACCACCGUUUUGAUAAUAUUCCUGUUUGCUUUUUGGAUUACUGCACACACGUUUGUUCAACUCGUCAUGUUUUGCAUAUGCGUCGGUUUAUGUAUCGGUGUUGGUAAUGUUAUGAACAUAGUGCUUAUAGCGGACGUUUCGGGCGCUGAAGACUUUCUUCCCGCUUGGGGUUACUGCAAUACGUUCACGUCUCCGUUUUUGUUACUGUCCGAAGUUAUAGCACAGGCAUUAGUCUCGAGUAAGAAUCAAAGAAAUCCUUACCUAUAUGUUCAGAUCUUUUCAGGGUUGUGUUUUCUUGUGGCUUUGAUUUUGAUACUACUUUUACGCGAAACAAUCGUCAGGCUACGCUUUGGAGAGGCUCUCAAUAAGGUUGAAAGAGCCUUGGUUGAGGCGCAUAAAGAUCCGGCAAGUUCGGCAGAAUCAACGAACGAAUUGAUGUUAAAGCAUGCUUUUUAUUCGAGAUAUUCUCAGCCAAAAGUAUCGUUCUUCUUUCGACGCAUGUUCCAUCAUAAAAAGAUAUAG